AUGAACAAGAAUGAAUAUGUGAUUAAGAUAUUGAACAUCACGCAGACAUUUAAGCUUCUAACAUCUGUAGACUUCUUUGUUGACUGGGAAUCAUACAAAAAUGGCUUUGGAAAUCUGAAGGGCGAGUUUUGGCUUGGGAAUGAUUAUCUUCACCGUCUGACUGCAUCAGCCAACAUGAUGUUUCGAAUUGAUAUGGAGGAUUAUGAUGGAGACCGAAGAUUUGCCGAGUACACGACUUUCUCUGUGGCCGACGAAAGCGAUAAUUAUCGGGUGACGAUCAAUGGAUACCGAGGAACCGCAGGCGAUGCAUUGCUAUCGCUCAAUAGGCCUAUAAGAAAUAUGAAGUUUACAACCAAGGACAGGGACAACGACGUCGAUAACAGUAAGAAUUGUGCCGUGUAUAAAGGUGGCUGGUGGUACAACUACUGCCAUAACGCUAAUCCAAAUGGUUUGUACCAAGGUGGAGGUCACGCACAAGGAAUUACGUGGGAGUCAUUUCGAGGACAAGAUUAUUCUUUAAAGCACACCGAGAUGAAACUUCGACCAGCUUGAUUUCAUUUUAGAAGUUCUGUGUAGGAACUUUUAGCUAACUGAUAACUAUAAUAAUGAUGAAAAUAGUAAUUAUAACAAUAAUAAUAAUUAAUAAUAAGUCUUAAAUCAUCAUAAUAAAUAGAUGCAAAGAUAAAUAUACUGCAUAUAAACACAAAAGUUACAGUGAUCAAAGAAUUCAUCUAAAUAGCUGAUUUAUCCUCAAAAGUGAAUCUUUUAGAAACUAUGCAAUGGAUAAUCCUUAUAGUGUAUUGCGUUACAUAAGGUCAUAUAGCGUUACCACUGUAAGUAACUUCCAAGCAUGCCGUAAAUCUAUUACCCUAAGUAAACUUAAAAUAACUGACUACAAGUAUUGUACGGUAACUAUAUCAUUUUAAUUAUUUAAUGAAAUAUAGUUCAAUUAGAGGAAUGAGAGUGAUCGCUUGACCUAUGAAUACUCUACAAACUGGUGACGAGUAUUCUCCGGAACUUGCAGAAGAAAACGAAUGGAAGAAAUAGAAUUGGUAGAAACUCUUUUAAGAAUGGAACGAUCCAUGCUUGAACCUCCAUCACCAUUCAAUGUAGACACAGUCGAUUUGUACUGAUAGUGGAAGUAUUAGAGCAACUUUUUUGCACUGCCUUAGUCCCACACGCGGUUCAAAGAAUUUUUACCACUCUGCCUGGCGGUAACCAAACGCUAGAUGAAACCAAGGAAGCAUUAUAAAAUUACUCUGCCCCGAAAAGAAACGGGGUUUCCGAAAGAUACAUGUUCCGAUCAAAAGGAAAGAGGCCAGAAGAGACGAUCGAUAUCUGUCUCCGCCCUUAGAGAACUAACAAAGACGCGCCAAAACCGGCACGGUUUUGGCGCGUUGGAAGAAGAAAUGAUCCGAGAUCAGAUCGUGGAGAAAUGUGCAUCGAACGACCUUCGACAAAAGCUCUCACAGAAAGACGAUCUAGACUUGAGGAAGACCAUCAAAAUAGCGAGAAGUGACGAAACCUCAAAACAGGAUGCUACCUUAAUUGCGAAAGGAAUCAAAGAAAACCCCAUACUAGUGGAUCCACACUAAAAAAUCGGACGGAACCAGAGACGGCAAGAACUUUAUCUGUUACCGAUGCGGCGGAAUGGAUGGACACAGUCCUGAUGAAUGUGGUGCGAUUUAGUCAAGAUAUAACAGAAAAAUGGGUCAUCUUGCCAGAGUGUGUAAAUCGACUAAGAAGCCGCAGCGCUGUUCAAACCGGAACAGUAACCAGAAGGCAAGCAAGAAUCCAAAGAGAGCCGACAAAAAUGUACGAAAUUUGAGAGCAGAACGGAUUAACGAAGAAACGAGCUCUGACAAUAAGAUAGCUCAGUCCAAGUGAACUUAAAUAGACAGAGGACAAAAAGGAUAAUGGAUCCCGGAUGUACGUACAUUAUUUCCUCUCAAAAAGAUGCAUUAAAUUGUAAAGGUUAUUUCAUUGCUACUCUUAAAGUAGGUACGAACAUGAUAACAGCUAAAGUGUAUGUUAUCGAGGGUCAUUUAGAGUCACUUUUAGGUAGACUCGAGUUUCGAUUUGGAGAUAAUCAAACUAGUGAAUGAUAUUGGGGACAAACCAAGCUACCGUAAGAGCAGCGUAAAUAGUGAACUAGAACUUUGCUCUUUAAUGUUCUUGAAAUAAAAUUAGGUUCAUCCCCUUUGGGUGACACUUUAGAAUA